UUCAGACAGUGAGUGUGGGUCCCAGCUCCCAUGUGACCAGUUGGUGUCCCCAAUAGCACUGGCAGCCUGUACCCGUGUGGAUUCCUGUUUCGCUCCCUGGUUUGUCCCAUCAUUGGGUGUGUCCUUACAACUAGCACAGCUGGAGGUUCACCUUUGCCAUCACCUUGAGCAGCUGGGUACAGUUCCAUCAAGGAAACUUCAUCCCUUCCUGCCAGACAGGAAGUUACCUCAAGAACAAGAGUUCAUGGUGAUUGGUUCUCGGGAGCCCCAGGUCUUCGUGCGUCAGUGGAACAACGGACCUCGUCGCUGUCAGGAGAUGAGCUUUUCCACCCAGCUGGACUGCAAACUACUGGAGUACCGAAACCUAACCCACCUGCAGUUUCUCCAGUCCUGUGCACUGCGGGGACAGGCGACAGCAAUCAGCUGUCCCCAGAACACCUCAUUAGCGGUUGACGUGUUUGUGGAUCCCAUGUUCCUCAAUAUUAGCCAGUAUGCCAUCCACACCAUGGACACUGCGGUGCUCAGCUGGCAACAGAAUGGGAACCAAGAUGCGGAGGAGCUGCUCUACAGUCACUACGUGAUCUGCAAUGACACAAAUGAGAUCCUGCGCUUUGGUCAGGUGGACACAGAUGAGAAUGUACUGCUGGCCAGCCUCCACAGCCACCAGUACAGCUGGAGAUCCCACAAGUCAGCUCAGCUGCUCCACAUCUGCAUUGAGGGCUGGGGGAACUGGCGUUGGUCUGAGCCGUUCAGCGUGGACAACGUCGGGACUCUGCUCAGGACCAUUCAGUAUAAAGGACGCACCGCCUCACUCAUCAUCAAGGUGCUGCAGCUCAAUGGCGUCCAGAAGCAGAUAAUAAUCUGUGGACGGCAGGUUAUGUGCAGCUACCUGACGCAGGAUAUUGAGCUGCGAGUUGUACAGCACUACGUAGGACCCGACGGCCAGACAGUGGUCAGGGAGCACUGUGACUGCCUGGAAGCAGGAGCCAAACUGCCUUCCUACGUGCUGGAAGACGCAGAGAUGACAGAAGUUUGUAUGAGAGCACGAGGAGAUGAAGACUGGUCCCAGGACGUCCAGCUGGAGCGGAGGGAAAAGGGCAGAAGCAGCAGCUCUGUUGUACAGGUGGCCUGUUCCAGCGGCUCUUUGCUCUAUGUCUGGUGCACGCUCAUUACUGUAGAGCCUGACUCACACAUGCAGCAGAGACUGGUGAUUUUCAGUCCACUCUUUGUUAUGAGGAGCCACUUGCCAGAACCACUAGUUGUCCACAUAGAGAAAAGGAGUCUAGGACUGAAAGAAAGUCAGCUAAUACGUGGACAAGGCCACCAAGAACCUCUCCUGAACACUGAGGCUGAACUUACCCACCACCUCAUUUUCCAGGCCAGGGAGGAUAAGGACGCUUCACACUGCGCCGUACCCAUCUCCACCAGUCUAAUCAAACAGAUAGUCAACAAGACGAGGAUUGAAGACAACCCAGAACAUAUCCUGGCUGAUUUCUACGGUCCCAAGACCCCCACAGAGUCACCCUGGCCUUACAUUACCAAGGACACUGACAGGUUAGCGUUGGAGCCUCUUUCCCAGUGGGACAGCCCCAUGCAGGUGAAGUUGUCCCAGUGGAAACCUGGUCUGAACACGCUGCUGGUGGAACUCCUCCCAUGGGCGCUCAUGGUCAACGACUCUCAGUGGGACCUGUGGCUUUUUGAGGGCGAGACCAUCGUGCUGCAGAUACCCGCAGGCAAAGUCAUUGUGCCACCAAAUUUCAAGGAAGCUUUUCAGAUCGGUAUCUACUGGGCCCACACCAACACCGUGCACAAGUCCACAGCACUGAAGCUGGUUCACGAUCUGACCUCUCCUCGAUGGAAGGAGGGAACUAGCUCAGUCGUGGUCACGCUGGAUGAGGAGGGAUACGUUGAAGUCGACGUCGCUCUAGGAGCCUAUCCCGGCAAACAGAAGGUUUGCCAGUUCUGUGUGUCCUCUGUAGUAAGACAUGGAGUCCAGAUCCUGCAGAUAGAGGACAGAACCAUCCUUGUCAACAACACGCCUUACAGCAUACACUGCAGGCCUCUGCUGACUGACCACGUCUUAGGAGGCUGUGAGCAGGUGUGUGAGCUACCAGAGAGCACCGUUUUCAGCCUCUCGCCCUCAGAGGAGUCGUCUGUGGCUAAGCCGUGCUCUGUGCCAUGCUGGGACCUCCUUGACACCAGUGACCAGGGGAAGGUGGAGUUCCCUCUGCCUCUCAGGCACAUGCUUUUCAGCCUAUUUUCAAGGCCUGAUGCUGGAGUUGGAACUACAGCCUGGAGCAUCCCUGCUCCGAUCCGACCAGACCUACCCAGGCAGAGUCUGUCCAUACCUGUGGAUGCGGACUCUGGGGGUGGCUUGUGUAGCAGAGCCGUGGUGCUGACGUAUCAGGAACACCUUGGAGUGACGUACAUCACUUUAAACGAGGACCCCUGUCCACGCAUGCUGAUAGAAAACAAGUGUCCUGUUCCGCUGCUGCUUAAAGAAAAUGUCAAAGAGGCACCAAGGAGCGAGGUGCACUGCCGUCCUCUGCCUGCCAGCUGUUCUCUCCACCAUGAGCUCUACCACCACUCCUCCAGUUUUCCUGAGUGCAGGCAAAGGGAGCUGCUGCCCAGCCUGCAGCUGAAGACCGCGUCAGAUAUCAGCACCACGGACUGGACCGACCCCAUAGACAUCAACUGUCCUGGCACCCAGGUGGUUUUCCUGCCAGGCUUUGGCUGUCUGUACAUACAUGUGUCGUAUGAGAGAGGCACCUUGGUUCUGUGUCUGGCACCCGAAGGCAGCGUGGAUGCUGUCGUCAACCAACACAGCAGGCCGUCCAAAGUGUCUGUCAGAGUCCUCCUGAGUGAGGCUAGUGUGGCGAUAAGUGACGAUAUCACAAAUCCCAGUGGCUCCAUGGAGUUGCUGAGACUGACGUUAACCAAGCUGCUGUUCAGCCUGGCUCCUGCACCCAGUCUCUUUCCCCCAGAGCUGGCACAGGACUCUGCCAUGGCUUCCAGCGCGCUCUCUGUGCUGCCGACUGAUGCGUCUCUGAUUGAGAUCUACUGCUACAGUCUGCAAGUUGACAACCAGCUGUAUAACCGGACCAGCUUCCACUUUCCUGUCCUGCUGUGCCAAGAUCAGAGAGGGCCAUCUGAACCUGAUGGCUCGUGGAGCAGUGACGCCAACCCCACCGAGUCGCCCCAACGGUUGGAGGAAUUCAAACACUCCUGCUUUCUCCAGCUGAGGAUGACGUUAAGUGGGGACAGGUGCACUGUGGAGGAGGUCCAUUUCCAGCUGCAGCCGGCCAGAGUCUACAUCGAGGACACCUUUGUUUACUACAUUAAGACCCUGUUCGACACAUACAUCCCCAGCAGGCCAGUGGAGUCCAGGAGGAGCAGAGAGCCUGGAGCUGCCCUACUUCUCCCUGAGCAGGUGGUUCAGUCAGUGCAGGCGUUGGUGCGCCCUGUGAGGCUGCAGAGACUCACCAUCCAGCCGGUGAACCUGCUGGUCAGCAUCCACGCCUCCCUGAAGCUGUACAUCGCCUCAGACCACACUCCCUUGUCUUUCUCUGUGUUCGAAAGAGGACCGCUCUUCACCACCCCGAGACAGCUGGUCCACGCUCUGGCCAUGCACUAUGCUGCCGGCGCCCUCUUCAGAGCUGGUUGGGUUGUGGGGUCUCUGGAGAUCCUUGGGAGUCCUGCCAGCCUGGUGCGCAGCAUUGGUAACGGUGUGUCCGACUUCUUCCGCCUCCCUUACGAGGGUCUGACCCGAGGGCCCGGGGCCUUUGUCAGCGGGGUGUCCAGAGGGACCACGUCUUUUGUGAAACACAUCUCAAAAGGCACCCUGACAUCCAUCACCAACUUAGCCACUAGUCUGGCGAGGAACAUGGACCGUCUGUCGCUGGACGAAGAGCACUACACCAGGCAGGAGGAGUGGAGACGGCAGCUACCAGAGACCCUCGGGGAGGGACUGAGGCAGGGACUGUCUCGACUUGGGAUAAGCCUGUUAGGAGCCGUAGCAGGCAUCGUGGACCAGCCCAUGCAGAACUUCCAGAAGAACUGGGAGAUGCAGAGCUCAGCUGGGAGCAAAGCCAAGGGGAUGAUCUCUGGAGUGGGGAAGGGAAUCGUGGGUGUGUUCACUAAGCCCAUUGGAGGAGCCGCUGAACUGGUGUCCCAGACUGGAUAUGGGAUUCUCCAUGGAGCGGGCCUGUGGCAGCUUCCUAAACAGCUCUUCCUGCCUGCAGAAGAAAGGUCCGCUCUGGCCUCCAACAGCCACCUGAAAUACGUCUGGAAGAUGCUGCAGUCUCUGGGGCGCCCGGAGCUCCACAUGGCCCUGGAGGUGACUAUAGUGAGUGGGUCAGGUCAGGAGCAUGCUGGCUGCCUGCUGCUCACCUCUGAGGUGUUGUUUGUGGUCAGCCUGAGUGAGGAUACCCAGCAGCAGGCCUUUCCCAUCACCGAGGUGGAGUGCCAGCAGGAGCCAGAGCAGCAGGACCAACUCACACUGACAUUACAGCAGCAGACGGUAACCAGUGAGUCUGAGGCUGAUGGCGUUCGGGAGCGUUUGUCAGAGCAGCAGUAUCAGCGGCUGGUGGAUUAUGUGAUUCGAGCCUCCCAGUUUCUCUCCCCUUCCGCUGCCACUCUUCAGCUUCAGCCCCCAGUAACACUGGCCGAACCUCCGCCCUCUGUCACUAAGUGCUACCGCUACCUGGUGGAUCCUGCUUUUGCCAGGGUGUUUGUUAGUAAGUUCACUAUCGUGAAGAACAAAGCGCUACGCAUAGGAUUCCAUUUAUAAGGACUGGAACGAAUAUUCAAAUCGGACCCAUGUUUCACAUUUAAUGUAUGCCUUAAAAAUCCUUUCAUCUGUUUAUUUCCCCAAAAGUUGUUACCAUGUGAAAAAAAAAAAAAA